AUGACGGACAAACGCUUCGAUGCUGAUAAAAUGAUCGAAACGUCAAGCAGUGCCGAUGAAACCGCAAUACGAGGUGAAGAAAUCGACGAAUUCAUUUACUCCGACGACGACCAAAUGAAUGGGGGCGCCCAGCGGAAUGGCGACUACGGGUCCGCCGACGGUGCUCAACCGAAUGAAGAAAGGAUGGUGGCUGACGAAUACGCCGAAGACGUUGGAGGCCCACAAAUGCGAGGCAAGCUGGACGAACAGUCAGGAGAUGGGAAUGAACAUAUUAAUUUAGUGUAUGAGGUUGAAGCUGUCGUUGGACAUCGUCUAAAAAAGCCCAUAGCGAUAUACGCAGGAGUUAGUAGUAAAAACUGUAGUAAGGAGAAAAUGUGGGAAGGAGGGGGAAGGAUUCAGUAUCUUAUCAAAUGGAAAGGCUAUCCAACCGAACAAAAUACAUGGGAAUAUCGUGAUAAUGUCUACUGUGAAUCAUUAUUAGGCAAGUACUGGGAUUCAAAAGAAGAACUCGUGAAACAGGAUCCGACAAGACAGCAACCUACCAAAUCACCGCCAGCAAAGUCAAAAAAGUCUGCCAAGAAUCAGUCAUCUCGCAAAAGUGAUAAACGCAAGAAUUCACGUAACAUUCGUAGUAAAGAAGAGAGCGAUGAGGAUGAGAUAUUCGAAUCAAAGCCAAAGUCAAAGUCAACUUCUCGAAGUUCAAAACAAUCUUCAAAGGAUAAAAAUAAUACUGAAUACGAUGAUGGUACAAACGAUAGUCGCCGGUUAAAAAAACGCAGAGUAGAUACGUCCGGCUCGAAAACCAAAAGCAAUCCCAUUGACGACAAUCAAAUGAUGAUUGAGCAAUCAUCACCUGAACCGGAUGACGAAGAAUUCUGUCCGGCUGAAAUCGCUGGCAGUUGGGAACCGCACAUCAAAGAAGUACAAACUGUACAGAUGGCUGAGGAUGGGCAGUUGAUGGUGUAUUUGAACUGGAUAAAUGGUCAUACAACUGCUCAUUCGGCAAAGUUAGUUAAUGCCAAAUGCCCGCAAAAG